AUGCCUCCACGUCUACCAAGGAGAUUGGUACAACUUCCCUUUUCUGUCGGUGCCUUUACACCGCAAGUGGUCGCUCAAAAUGCCAUUCCCAUCCGCACAUUCGGCAUUCGCUCCUUAAACCCUCCCAAACAUUCGCGAUACAAUGAGGGCCCUGACCUCCCCGUCCUCAAGUCAACCCCCGCCGCAGCCCUGGAGCGUAAAGCCAAUACAUUACCGCCUCGCACCGGUGCAAUCACGAUCAAAAAGGGGAUGACUGCCAUUUUCGACCCCGAAACAGGGAAGCGUAUCCCAUGUACUGUUCUCCAGCUGGACCGCGUCCAGGUCGUUGCGCAUAAGACGAAGGACGUACACGGUUACUAUGCCGUACAAAUCGGUGCAGGAUGGAAACAUCCUACCAAUGUGACAAAGUCGUUAUUGGGUCACUUUUCAGGACAAGGGGUGUCACCCAAGCGAUAUGUGUAUGAGUUCCGGGUCAACAAUGAGAGUGGCCUAAUCCCUGUUGGACAGAGCGUGAAUGCAGAUUGGUUCCAGGAAGGCCAGUACGUGGACGCGAGGUCGAACUCGAAGGGUAAGGGGUUUGCAGGUGUGAUGAAGAGACAUGGUUUCGGAGGUCAAGAUCGCAGCCACGGUGUCAGUUUGACGCAUCGGUCGCUUGGUUCAGCGGGCCCUAGUCAGGGCGGCGGCUCCAGGGUCUAUCCUGGAAAGAAGAUGGCAGGAAACAUGGGGAAUGAACAGAACACAGUGCAGAAUUUGAGGAUUCUCAAAGUCGAUGUGGAGAAUGGGCUUGUUCUGGUCAAUGGUUGCGUGAGUGGCCCUAAAGGUUGCGUUGUCAGGAUACAGGAUGCUAUCAAGAAGCCGUGGCCAACACUUGCGGGAUCGGUUGAAGCGUCGACGUAA